AUGAAAUUCGACGAUCUCCAGGAUCUAGCUGGAACACUACACAAUAUGAGCGAGAGCAACGACAAGAUUGAAUUUCCAGCCGCUUCAAAGACUAAGUCAAUUGAAUUGCAAGACGGGCAUAUAAUCGAUGUUGUCACGGUAGGAUUUGAGGACAAGAUUUCAGUCAUGGUCAACUAUGACGGUCGUAUAGGUAAAAUAUACUACGUCCCAUUACUUGCAUCUUCAACAUCACACCUUGCAAAUUACGAAAAUCGGGAUGAUGAUGGGAAUCCGGAAAAUGACUUGCUACCUUUAUCGCAUUUGACUCCAAUGCCGUUGGUUGGUGGCUCAAGCGACCAUGAUGUGCAGGGUAGGCUCUACGCUUCAAUGAUUGCAUCAAUUGUAUCUCGACAAUCACCGGAUGAAAAUCGAACUGUUCUAGUUGGUCUUGGAACUUCCAUAGGCCCGCGACCCGAUGAAGAAAUUACUAUUGAGCAUCGCAAGCAACUGCUUGAGAUUGUAAAACUAGUACAAGAGUGUAGAGUUUGGUAA